GGAUAAUUUUACUCGAGCGCACCCUUUUACCGAGGCCCAAUGUGCCGACCAAUCGCGGACAGCAUUCACUGCUUGCUUGAAGCGUGGCUGUUCAGCUCAAUGGGAUUCCAAACGAAAGCAAGAUUCCUGCACAAUCUCUAUCAUAUAAGCUUUCUAAGUACAGUACUGUACUUGGAUGCAUUUGGGGGAGCGAAAUCCAAAGAGCUUGUGGACCUGAUCCCCAAUAGCGUGUGUGAACUUUUUGCUUGAUUCUUUUCUGAGAAAUUAAGUUUUCUCUGCUCUCUUUGACUUUCCAGCCAAUGUCAUACAAUACAAUAGAUGCUAAGAUUCAUCUCAU